AUGAGCACGACGAACGCCCCCCUACCCAACGGCGGCGGCGACCAAGCCAAUGGGUCUCCUUCCAAUGUCUUCACCUUACUAGUCGGCACGUUCAGGUCCCCAGAAAUAUACACUCUCCAGUUCAGACCACCACCUCCCUCUUCUUCCUCUUCUUCCUCUUCUUCUUCCUCUCCAGCGUCUGGAAACCUCACCAUUGCCCACAUAUCCAAAGCCUGGGGCGGUCACUCCUGGCUCGCCCUCUCCCCAGACCACACCCGCCUCUACACUACCAACUGGACCGAUCCCCCUUCUGUAGGCGCCUACGCCGUCGACCUAGCCACAGGCAGCACCACGCCCCUCAACACGGCUCCCGUGGCCUCGCUGUCGGGCUACGUGACCGUCUCCCCUUCGGGGCGACACCUCCUCUCCGCCGGCGGGCCCAGUGGUGAGGUGUUUCGGCUGGAAGAGGACGAGGGUGAGGGCCAGGAAGAAGGAAGGAAAGAGAAAGGAAAAGGUGGGGGUCGUAUUGGCCCCCUCGUACAGGCGUUGUCCUUCCGUCAGGCAGGCGGUGCCAACGACGGGGCACGAGAGGGCGUCGCGUACGGUGGAUUUGGAGGUCUGCGGUGGGGGGCACACAGCGUUGAUAUCUCGCCGGACGGACGGGCAGUGUAUGUCGCUGACAUUGGUCACAACUGCGUCUGGACCUACCGGCUCGACACAUUAGCAGAUGAAGGGAAAGGAGAAGGGAGCACACUAUUAACCCCUGAGGCAAAACACAUCUCCCCCCGCCCCAACGACGGUCCCCGGCACGCCUGGCCACACCCCAACGGCCGCGUGCUGUACGUUGUCCAGGAGCACAGCGGCAUGGUAGACGCGUUUCGCAUCGGAGGAGGGGAGGCAGGGGAGGGAGAGGACGCAGCCUUAGCCCUGAAGCAUCUAGGCGGGGAGACGAUCAUGUCGGCGGGCUGUAGUGCCGAGGACUUCUGGGCAGACGAAGUGCGCACGUCUAACCUGCCCCCCGCCACUAGCCUGCGCCUGGGUCGAAGUGAGGAUGGUGGCGCUGCGGCGGCGGCGCCCAGGUGGCUGUAUGCCAGCACGAGAGGUCUGCGACCUGAGACCAAGGGCUACGUGGCCGCCUACGAGCUGGACGCGGAGGGUAUGAUCCUUGGCCCCGCGCGGUGUAUCUUCGAGACGAGGACGAGCGGAGGCCUGGCGAACGCGGUCGAGCCUGCGCCACGAGCUCUGUACGAGACGUUAUCGAGGUCUGGAGGGGGGGAGGAGGAGGAGUACAUCGCGCUGACGGAUAGCGAGGAAGGAUGGGUUACGAUUUUGGGAUGGAAUGGAAAGGCUUUUCGAGAGGUGGCUGCUACAAGGCUUGGUGGGGAUGGUGGGGUCGUUCAGGCUGCUACUGCCGUUUGGCUGUGA